AUGACACGUGAAGAGAAAAAAGAAGAGGAACAAUGCACAUUGAUAGUUAAAGAGCAAGUUAACUAUUCCUAUCCACUGAAAGAUAAAGAAUCUUUAUUGAAAGAAAAAUUGGGUGUUUCUCUAUGUAUGAUUUUACUACAAGUUCAAUACUUUUCGCAAACUUCCUUUACACCGUGGAUGUAUGAAGGAUAUGUUAGACAUUAUAAUCCAAAUUAUUCACAAUCCCAAAUUGAUUCACAAGCAUCACAUUUACAAUCGAUUGUUGAUGCGUUGCCGUUUGCAUCGGGCUUUUUCUUUUGUCCUUUGAUUGGUAUGAUCGCCGACCAAAAGGGUAGAAAGAAGUUGGCCAUGUUGGCGAUAUCCAGUUCGUUGAUUGAUGCCAUCGUAACUAUCGUCUCUGUCAAGUAUUGGGUAGUGUGGCCAAUGUUUUGUUCAAGUUUUAUUCGAGGUCUUUGUAUUGCCACGACACCAUUAUUCUACGCCUACUUUGCCGACAUUACCUCGCAAGAAGAGCGCCCUCGUAUUUAUUCACUUCUCGGUACAACGCUUGGUAUAGGUACAAUAUGUGGCCCGAUGAUUGGCAUGGGAUUUAUGAAUUGGGAACCUAUCUACUUGAAAUACUUUGGUUGUGUAUUACUUGUCCUAGCCAUAUCCAUUUUAGUCCCUCUAAAAGAAUCAUAUCAUUUUAGGAAUGGUAUAAGAGUCGGUAGAGGAUCAGAGGAUCAGCAUGCUGAUGGCGAUGAUGAAUGCCAACAUUCGAAUUCUUCUCCCUCAAAAAAAAACAAACAAGAUGCAUCAAAGAAUUUAGAGGACAAAAAAGGAGGAUCAAAGAAUCCAGUACGCUCAAUCAUCAAUCUAUUCAAAAUAAGCAAGUUUAUCGGUCUCUAUUCCAUCGUAUACUUUACGUUUAGUUUCUCCUUUAUGGAUAGUACAUCUACUCAAUACAACUAUUCCAAUAUUCGGUUUGGAUGGGGUCCCGAUCCAAACAAUAUACUCACCAGUUUAAUAGGUGUUUCUCUAUUGAUUUGGAGUUUUCUCUCUUGGAUUUUAAAAUAUAAAUCUGAAAGAGUAGUUUAUUGUUUGGCAUUUUUAGUAUCAUCAAUAUGCCAUAUUCUUUAUGCGCUAUCAGUAAAUGAAUGGAUGUUUUCAGCAUCGAUUUGUUUCGGAUCAUUUAGUAUGUUUAUAUUGAAUGUUGUGCAAUCGACGCUAUCAAAGGCAGCACCAAGUGACAUGCAGGCAACUGUCUUGUCUGGUGUAGUGGCACUCUCAUCAGCAUCUGCAUUCUGUGGAGCUCUAGCAUCGGAGAAUAUAUUUUCUUAUUUCAUUUCCAGCAGGUCGCCCAUUUACUUUCCAGGCAUGCAUUUCAUCAUCGAUGGUGGUGUUAUGUUUAUUUCAUUUGGCUUGUCUUUUAUUCUAUUGCGAGUGUAUCCUUUAGGAUGUCAAGAAGAGAAUGGCAAUAAAUUAGAAUUGGUCCUCCUCCUAUCAGAAGAUCAAAGAGAAGAAGAAGAAGAAGAUUCUCGAGAUGACAUUAAUAUAGGCAAGAAUCAAAACGAUAUUGAAAAUGUAUCAUCUUCAGAUUCCGAUUCAGAUCAUCAUCAUCAUUUUGAUCAUGUCACUAAAAUCCAAUCAAUAAAUUAG